UGAGCUGAGCUUCCGUUCUCCGUCGAAUUCAGCAGCAUACAGCCUCCACUGCGGUCUUGAACUCUCAAGCCUUAACGGCACCACUGUCAACUGUGGAGCUGCCUCCAGCCGCCGCCGACACCGUCUUCGGACUCUGUCGACUUCAGCUUCAUCCUUAGUAAGAUUGUGAUAUAUUAGAUUUAAUUUAGUGAUUAGGUAUGGGAAAGAAAGGAAGAAGCCGCCAGAAAAAUGAGAAGAGGAACGGCAAGACAAGUUCCCAAUAUGAUGAUGCACUUAACGAUGACAUGCACGACGAAAUUGAUGCCUUUCAUAAGCAGAGCGAUAUUAUCCCUCUUGACAUACAUGGCGAUGUUGGAGAGUCAGACGAGGAUGAAGAAGUGCCCGUUUUUGAUUUGAAGGGUUCUGAUGAUGAUGAGGAUGAAUUUGAUGACGACGACUUCAGUGAUGAUGUUAAUGACGACAUGACUAGGAAAAUAAUCAGGCAAAGGAAAUAUUUACGUGCAAAAUUUGGUGGUGAGGAUGAAAUGCAUGAUGAUGAUAAUGAAGAGGAGGAUGAUGAUGAACCCAUACUAGUUGGAAAGCAUUCCCGACAUGGAGCUGAUAAUCGUCAUUUUGAGCUUCAAUCAAGUGAUGAUGAGGCCCUAAAAGAAGAGGAAGAGUUGGCAAACCAGUUGCAGAGAGAGAGGGCAAAAUUUUAUACUGAGGAAGACUAUGAUCUCGUGGGUUUGAAGGAAUCAUCUUUUAAAGGAAGGGACUCAACGGAAUCCCUGAUGCUUGAGGAUACAGAUAAAACUUACAAGGUUGAAGAUUUGAAUGCUUUAUCAAAAGAUGAACAAAUGGAGACAUUGAAUAGGUCUUAUCCAGAAUUAGUCUUUUGGUUGUCAGAACUAAAUGACGCACAUGAUCAGCUUGAAUGCAAAAUAAACCCAUUGUUAAGCAAGGUUAAAGAUGGCAAAAUUGCUACGGAAGGAGUUGGUUAUUUUGAGUUGAAGAAAGCUCUGCUGUUACUCUACUGCCAAGCUAUAACUUUCUAUCUUCUCCUCAAAUCUGAAGGAAAGCCAGUGCAUGACCAUCCUGUUAUGGCUCGCCUAGAAGAGAUAAAGAAAUUAUUGGAUCGGGUGCAAAAACUGGAUGCAAAACUUCCGGUCAAAGUUGAUGAUGUUGUUGAAGAAAAUCAUGGGUUGAAAAUGGUAUUAAAUUCGGGUGAUAUAAAUGCUUCAAUGGCUGAUUCCUUUGUGGAAAACCAUGACCUGCCUCAUGCCUCUGAUGUAUCACUAAAAGAAACAGUGUCUCUCGAGGUAGUCGAGAUGCAAAAUGUGGAUUCCUCUAAGGAUAAUGUGAAUGAAGAAAGAAAACAGAGACAUGAGCUUAAGAAGGAUCGCAUUGGUGUGCAGAGUUCUGAAAUGUUAAAGAUCAGAGCAUCCCUUGAGGAAAAGUUGAAACAGAAGGGUUUCCACAGUUCCAUUGCUCCAAAGACUACUAGUGCCCGAAAACGUUCCAGAUCAUUAAAUGGGCUCGACACUUGUGAUGAUUUUGAUGAUGACAAUGUGAAUGCCGAUAGAGUAGCUACAUUGGUUAAUGGUCUUGGUUCUGGUAGAAUUGCUCAGCUUGCUCAUCAGAAGAAAGUUAGGGUGGUUUCUGGUGAUGAUGAUUUACCUAAGAGAGAUGACAUUGGGGAAAGGAGGAGGAAAUUUGAACUUAGGGCAAUGUCUGGUGCUGGUUUGAAAUCUGAGGAUGUUGAUGAAGAAAUAGGUGAUCCUGGAUUUUCUGAUCAGGAGGAUGAGACAAGUGAAGACUCAGAAAAUGACUUGUAUGAACAAAUAAAGCAACAGCGGGCUGAAAGAUUGGCUGCUAAAGCUAAGAUUUACUCCAGGAACUCUGAAGUCCCGUAUUUGCCAGGGCCAGAUACAUUAGAUAAAAAUGGAAGACGGCCGAUUUCUUACGAGAUGGAGAAGAACAGGGGGUUGACUCGAUAUCGUAAGAAGCUGACUAAGAAUCCAAGAAAGAAGUACAAGGAAAAGCACAAGAAAGCUCUUAAGAGACGCAGUGGGCAGGUUCGCAGUGUCAAAAAGCCGACGGGGUCCUAUGGUGGAGAGUUCUCUGGAAUUAACCCAUCUGUCAGUCGAAGUGUCAGGAUCAAGAGUUAAUAUUUUUGUUGCAGUGAUCUUAGCGUCCUAAUAUUCUCAGGUUCCCAUCAAAUAUCUUAAAGCCCACCCAAUUCAUCAUUAUGGCUGGUGAGUGUGUAAUUGAGUGGUCUCGCAAAGUUUUGUUGAGAAUUAGGAAGUAAUAGGAGAGUGAGUAAUUUAUAUUUCUAUGAAAGUAAUUUAAGUUACUUUGAGAUGUAUGGUUGAAAUGGAGAGAAGCAUCAAAUUAUGAAGUCACUGUGUCUUGCGACAUUGAUUUAUUUUAUAGAUAAAUUUUGCUCAA